UAUUUGCGUCAUCUUUUUUUUUUCUCUCUCGCUCGCGCGGUCUCUCUUUUUCUCUUUCUCUCUUGGCAGAACCCAGAUGUUUGUCGAUCGGCAUAUUUGUAAGCGUCCCGCCGUUUGCACUGUUUGCAGUCGUUAUUGCGUCCCGCGUUACACGUUGACGGAACGGAAGAGAGCUAUGCGCUUGACGAGGAAGCUGCACGUUCGUCGGUAAAAAGCAGGAAGGCACAAGGCAAUCGCCGAUAACGCGAACGGGUUCCAUCAGUGACGACGUUCUUAGGAUCGUCGAUUUGUGCCAUGAGACGUCGCUCUUCGGCGCCGAGGAAGGAGAGCAGCGUUCAUCUCACAAGAUUACCGUGUUGACAAAUUUCCCUUCGAACGGGAUAACCUCGCACGAAGGAGUACGAUUCUUACUUUGCAGCCUUAGCUCUAUCCACCACAUCCUUCAGCAAGAUGUCACUGAUUGAGGGAGUGGGCGAUGAAGUCACAGACUUCUUUAUUGUCAUGACCGUACUGUUGGUGGGAUGGCUUGCCUGGUGCUCGACAAGUAUAGCAGAUCAGCCGCUGAUACGUACAGUACUUAUACUGCGUGACCGAACGCCAACGCGAAUAACUUCGGUAAGAGCUAAUCAGCAACAGAGCACAAAUAAUCUCAGUGUCCAAGAUGCUGUUCAGUCACACAAUUCGGAGACAUCAGAGGAAGAAACAGUGGAGACCUCGAAUAAUAGUGUAGAUGGGACACAAUCCAAUUGUCCAAAUGCAGCUGCAGAUACGAGCGAAUCGCCUCAAGAAGUGUCGAGGCCCACAGAAUCUACAACUGCGGAAGAAGUACUUAUUGAAGCCAUGGAUUCAUUCAACAAUUCUGAUCCAUCGCUGUUACAAAGAACCAAGACAAAUAAUUCUGACUCGUCGUUAAAUCAAAGUACCACUAGUAAUUCAGAAUCUGCAUUAGAAGAAACAACUGUAACCGAUAACAGUAAUAAUAUUACCAUAAAGCUGAAGUUUAUAAAUGAUGAUCAGAAAAUAGUUACAGGAAGUCUUAAAGAAAUGCUAGGUGAUUUUAAAAGGAGGCACUUUCAAAUGGAAUUAGAAGCACGUAAAGCUGUGCGAUUGGUAUUUAACGGUCGCGUGCUACAACCCGAUACUCAGACUCUCGAACAAUGCGGUUUGUUUAACGAUUGUGUGGUCCAUUGUUGGGUGCAUCAACCGCGCCCGACUACUGGCGUCACGUCGUCCACGCUGGACAAUUCGUCGUCCAUUUAUUUCAAUUCCCAACCGUUUCCGGAUCUACCCACCGGCACGGGGAUAAGUUCGAUACACAAUGAAUGGGACCUAAGCAGGAUCCUAGUAAGCCUUUUGACGCUCAUUUUAGGUCUCGCGUGGUACUCGAGGUACCAUUACGCUCAGCUGUUCACCGCAACCACGACGAUCGCGCUCUACGCACUGACCGCGAUCUUCGCCGUAUCUCUAUUUAGUAACUUCUUUCCCGAUCAAGAUAACAUUCGGAACGUGGAAUGAUAUGAUGACUACGACGACGACGACUACUAUUAAGACUACGAAGACUCCACCAAGUUGUGUAAAAGCAACUUAAAUACAAAUCGGUAUAAUAUACAUUUUAACAUAUUAUGUAUACUAGAUAGUUAACGGAAUUGAUUGGUAAUCUUCGUCGUCGAGCAUCCGCUUUUAAUAUAACACUCUUAAAAUCAGGUUUGUUAUUGAUAAUAACAAGUUCAGUGGUUCAUGAUUUUCAUUUUUCUUAAGGGAAUGCUGAACCUGUCCUGUUUUACCGAUUAUUUUGAUUAUUUCCAAUUCAUUAAUCUUUUAAUUGUAUUUACAGAAUUAAAAAUCCUUCUCCACAAUCAAAGUACAGACUGUAACAUAAUACGCACGUAAAAAUUUAAAAAAAAAAACGAAAAAACAUUUUAAUUUCAUUUACAAAUUAAAAUUUUUUUUGUAUAAAAUUCUUACGUGCGUAUUAUGUUACCAUCUGUUGUACUUUGUUUGUGGAGAAGGAUUUUUAAUUCUGUGAAUACAAUUAAAAGAUUAAUGAAUUGGAAAUAAUCAAAAUAA